CUUGUUUUUAAUUCAUAUCAGAGCUUACAGUCAAAUAUUAGUGUCUGAUACAUGGUUUCGACAUAUCAUUUCAAAUUGAUCAAAAGAUGUCGACUACAUUUACCAGCCUAGAUGAAAAUACCUCAUCGUGGAGUGUAGCAGGAGCUACACUAUAUGGAUUAAUUACAUCUGCAACCCUAUUAGUAAUAUACUAUUACUGGGAACAAAAUAAACGAUUCGCCCGUUUAGGUAACGCCAUUCCUGGACCACCGGGCGUACCAUUCCUUGGAAAUGCCUUAGAAAUUUUCCUAUCGACACCUGAAGAGCUUCUGGUUAAAGCUCUGGAAUAUUCUAAACAUUAUGGUAAAGUGGUAAAAGGUUGGUUAGGACCAUAUCUUGUCGUGUUUUUAAUCGAUCCAAGAGAUGUUGAAGUAAUCCUUAAUAGCCAUGUUCAUAUUGAUAAAUCUGAUGAAUAUAAAUUUUUCAAACCUUGGCUUGGUGAAGGACUUUUAAUUAGCAGUGGAGAAAAAUGGCGCACACAUCGGAAGAUGAUUGCACCAACAUUCCAUAUGAAUAUAUUAAAAUCAUUUAUGGAUGUAUUUAAUAGAAAUAGUCUUGCAGUUGUAAAAAAAAUGAGAAAAGAAAUUGAUCGAGAAUUUGAUGUGCAUGAUUAUAUGAGUGGUAUUACAGUUGAUAUCCUCUUGGAAACUGCUAUGGGUGUAAAGCGUACUCAUUCUGAUAAUGCUGGUUUUGAUUAUGCUGUUGCAGUAAUGAAAAUGUGCGAUAUUCUACAUCAGCGUCAUUAUAAAUUUUGGAUGAGAUUUGAACCUUUAUUCAAGUUAACAAAUUUUGCUAAGAAACAAUUGGAAUAUCUUGGAAUUAUCCAUGGCUUAACAAAUAAGGUAAUUAAAACAAAAAAAGAAGAGUUUUUGCAAAACAGGGUGUUGGGGAAUGAACCUAAUUACUUCGAACAAUUAGACUCUGAUGCCGCAAAAAUUGAUCAAAAGGAAGCGAAACUUUCAUCUCAAAAUAACGAAAAUAGCGAUCCAAACAAAGGAACUCCUUUGCGAGAUGAUUUAGAUGAAAUUGAUGAACAAGACGUGGGUGAAAAGAAACGUUUAGCAUUUUUAGAUCUUAUGAUUGAAACUGCUCAUUCAACUCAAAACUUAACAGACGAGGAAAUAAAAGAAGAAGUCGACACUAUUAUGUUUGAGGGCCAUGACACUACUGCUGCUGGAUCUAGUUUUGUCCUAUGCCUGCUUGGAAUUUAUAAAGAUGUACAAGAUAAAGUAUAUCAAGAACUUUAUGACAUUUUUGGAAACUCAGAUCGUCCAGUAACAUAUUUAGAUACUUUAGAAAUGAAAUAUUUAGAACGUGUAAUUAUGGAAACGUUACGAUUGUACCCACCAGUACCAAUAAUUGCCAGAAAAAUGAAUCAAGAAGUUAAACUAGCGUCCGGAGAUUAUACAUUACCAGUGGGAUGUACAGUUGUUAUUGGAACCUAUAAAAUUCAUCAUGACCCAGAUUAUUAUAAGAAUCCUGAUACAUUUGAUCCAGAUAAUUUCCUACCAGAACGUACGCAGAACAGACAUUAUUACAGUUACAUUCCAUUUAGUGCAGGACCAAGAAGUUGUGUUGGUCGUAAAUAUGCGAUGUUAAAGCUUAAAGUUUUACUAUCAACAAUAUUAAGAAAUUAUACUAUCGUAUCUGAUUUAACUGAAAAGGACUUUAGAUUAACGGGUGAUAUUAUUUUAAAGCGCGCAGAUGGUUUUAGAAUCCGAAUUCAACCGAGAGAAAGAGUACCCGUGUAAAGGUGUAUUUUCAUGGUGGCGCUUGACGCUGAGUUUGAGCGUCAAAUUAGGACAUGUGAUCAGUAUAGACCGUGCUGCCACCUGGGGAAAAACUUGGCAGCGUCACAUCGUCAUAGAGUAAAAGAUAAAAAUAGUUUAGCUAUUUAUUCUCAGGAUUGAUUUUGGGAUUACAAAAUUUUAAUUAAAAAAGCACAAUCGGACUCUCCGAAAUUUAUCAUUAUCAUACCUGUUUAUUUUUCAUUACCAUAUUUUUUUAUUAAAAAUGAGGUUAGGAAAUUACUUUCGAUAUUAAGAAACUCUUUAGUAGCUUAUUUUUACAAUUUGACGCUGGAAAUAACUCUAUUUUUUCAAUUAGGUGGCACUGUAAUUUGACGCUUAAAGUCAGCGUCAUCAUGAGAUCACAUCUUUUAUGUAUAGUUACCUAAUUUAAAAACUAAUAAUUUAUGGAUUAAUCAUUAAUGUUAUAUUAUGUAUGUUUUAAAUUGCUCUCUU